UGGCAAACAAACCACUGCAAGGAAUUCCUGUCUACAGUCUCUCAACCAGACGGAUUGUUCUUCUGGGUAAAAGUGGUGCUGGGAAAAGUGCAGCUGGAAACACAAUACUGGGACAGAGAGAGUUCAGAUCUGAGAGGGGGAAGAGAUUAGUAACCCGUAAAUCCUCAGAGAAACACACCACUGUUGCAGGCAGAUCUGUGUCUGUAGUUGAUACUCCUGGAUUCUUUCACGCACAGAUAAAAACUGAGGAGUUAACUGUAGAGGUAGAGAGAUGUGUUUAUUUAUCCAGUCCUGGACCACACGCUUUUCUCAUUGUGUUUCCUGUGAUUAUGAGAUUCACUGAGAUGGAGCAGCAGAUUCCUCAGAAGAUUGAGAUGAUGUUUGGUGAGGGAGUGUUAAAAUACUCCAUCAUUCUCUUCACUCAUGGAGAUCGGAUAGAUAAACCCAUAGAGAGCUUCAUUAAGCAGAACUGUAAAUUAAGAGAUCUAGUUGAUCACUGUGGAGGCAGAUAUCACGUCUUCAACAAUAACAAUGAGAAUAACAGAGAGCAGGUGAAUGAUCUACUGCAGAAG